CUGAACCAUAAACAGCUUAAAGCUUUAGCAUUUCGCAUAGAACUUCAGGGAAGGGAUCCAAAUAAAAAAAAAUGAAAGUCGUUCAGUUUUUGUUGGCAGUUAUUGUAAUGACGCAGUGUUUUGGAGUUGAAAUACCGAUAGAUGAGACACAUGGUUUGGACAUAAAUUUACUUGAUAUUGUUAGAUCGGCCCGCGAUAUUGCAGCUGGACUCGUGCAAGCCAAAGGCGAUCAAUUGACGGCGGAUUAUUUUUUCAGAUAUACGACGAAUGUAGUGCGUGCAGUUCCACCGCUAGUGACCAUUGCUGUAGCGAGUGCUUUAUGCUCGGCAGUUCUAAGCGAGGAUGCCAUCCAACCUAGGCCGAAAGAUAUACCGGACGUUGAAGACGUUGCAAUUCAAGUACGCACACCUUGUAAUAUAAGAACGUAUCCAGUAAAAGAACUGCUCAGAAUAGUGGACGAUCCAGAUUUCGACAUCAACAAGAAAGUAGUUAUCGCGUCGUCGGGUUGGCUUACCAAUGCCAACAGAUCCAAUGAUGUGCUUGAAGGAAUCGGCAAAGCCUACAAUUGCCGUGGCGAUACAAAUUUCUUGGGCAUCGAUGUGGGACGCUACAUACAAACGCUCUACACCUGGUCUUCACUGAAUACAAACCGAAUUGGCGAAAUACUCGCAAUUGCAUUGGUGGAUUUCGUAGAAGUUGUGCCGCUAGAAAAUAUACAUUUGAUGGGUCACAGUUUGGGUGCACAGAUCAUGGGAGCAACGGCACGGCAUUUUACGCGCCUAACCGGUAAACAAAUACCGCGUAUCACUGGUUUCGAUCCAGCUGGCCCGUGCUUCGAUUAUGGCCAAAGGCAAACGACGCUUUCGGCUAGCGAUGCAGCAUUUGUUGAUAUCAUCCACACCAACCCCGGCGUUGCCGGUCAGUCAGAGCCCACGGCGCAUGCGGAUUUUUUCGUUGGCGGCCGUUUUCCCAUACAAAAUGGUUGCAACGAUUCAGUUUGUUCACAUCAACGUUCCUGGCAGUACUACAUGGAGUCGGUUUAUCCGGGUAACGAAUACAAUUUUCUAGCAAAACGUUGUGGAUCGCUCUUGAGUCUGGAUCAGGGACGUUGUGUGGGCGACGACUAUCCGAUGGGCAUUGCAACACCGAUAGGUCUACAGGGCUUAUUCAUAUUAAAGGUAAACCCCACCGAACCAUACGGUAUGAAUGCCACAGAACAUUGUACAAGUCCUGAUUCGACGUGCGGUGCGUGUGUACCCACUGGUCAGAAUUUAAUGGAUAGGGUAUGAGGUUCUUCAAGAAAUAUUUCAGCACAUUCUUAAAUAUUUUUGUUUUGGAA